UCUUAGAAAAAGCGCACUUGCUGUUUUUCGUAACCAGUCUCUGGACCCUCAAGUUUAAGUAGAGUUUAGAGAAACACUCUGAGCUCAACACCUUCCAGCCAUCAGGGAAUCAGAAGAAGAAAAGAAACCCAUUUCUAGAGAAGGCGGGCGGGAGCGAUUAACCUACAAACUUCUAUCUAUCAUCAUCGCACCAGUCUUACAGAAGAGAAUGUAUAAACCUAAAAAAAACUUAACCUUCUUCCUGUAUUCUCUGAAUUUCGCAUUUAUUUGAUGUAAUUUAAAAACCCAAAUCAUCGAAAACUCAUCUUGGCUUUAAUUUUUCAGUCAAUUUUGAGAAUUUUAGGUGCUAGAGGGGGUUAGGGUUUUAUGAUUUUACUGAAGAAAUUAUAAACUUCUAUUCAGGUUCCUGAUGGGAAUGAAGCAUUCUGGUUUUCGAUUGGUUGUCCUUAAUGAGAUAUAAUAUGAGUGCGCUUCAACCAUUAAUUCGAAGAGGGAGUGCGAUAGUCAAGGAUGACACUAUUUCUAAUCAUGUUGUCGCUGAAGCAACAAAGAUUGCUGCUACUUACCAGUCUCACAACAUAGAUAAUAAAGUGGUGGUAGCUCCGGCACAAGUUCCAGUUACAGCGGCAGAGUUGAAGUUGAGUCCUUCUUUAUCUUAUACAAAGGGUAGUGAAACAUUGCUGGAACCUUGCCUUAGAGAAAUACUCAAAGUUAUCAAACCAUUAGGUGGAGAUGUUACAGCUCGAUACACCAUCAUCAAUGACUUACGGACUGUCGUCGGAUCUAUCAAUAGUUUAAAAGGUGCAACAGUUGAACCAUUUGGAUCUUUUGUGUCUAAUCUCUACACGAGAUGGGGAGAUUUGGAUAUAUCUAUCGAAGUACCUUGUGAUUCACUUGUUUCAACGACUGACAAAACAAAUAAGCAGCAGUUUCUAAGGGAGAUAAGGAAAGUCUUGGGGAGGAGAGGCCUGGUUCGUGAUUUGCGACCUCUUCUUCAUGCGAGAGUCCCCGUUCUGAUAUUCGAGAGCAACCUCCACAAUAUCUCAUGUGAUAUCUCAAUCAGUAAUCUGCUGUGCCAAAUGAAAUCUAAAUUACUUUUCUGGAUUACUGGGAUAGAUGAGCGCUUCCGUGAUAUGGUUUUACUGAUCAAGGAGUGGGCCAAGUCACAACGAAUCAACGACCCGAAAAAUGGAACGCUGAACUCACAUUCUCUUUGCUUGCUCGUCAUUUUCCAUUUUCAGACAUGUGAACCUCCAAUUUUACCUCCGCUAAGGGAAAUUUAUGAGGGGAAUAUUGCGGACAAUCUUACAGGUGCGAGGGUCAUCGCAGAAAGAGCCAUCCAAGACACGUGUUCUGCUAACAUAGAAAGGUUCAAAACAAAUAGUUUCAGAAAUGUAAAUAGAAGUUCCCUGUCUGAGCUUGUCGUAUCAUUUUUUCGGAAGUAUUCUAAUCUAAACAUGCUGGCAUCAGAGUAUGCAAUUUGCACUUACACGGGGCGAUGGGAACACAGAAGUAACAGUACUAAGUGGACAAACGACUAUCCUCUAUUUAUUGAAGAUCCAUUUGAGCAUGCAGAUAAUACAGCAAGGACUGUUUCUAUGACUGAACUAAGCAGGAUAUGUGAAGUAUUCGAUGAGUCUUAUCAAGGACUUGUUUCCUCUAAUCAUGAUAGAACUUCUCUGAUCUGCAGUCUAGUUAGACAUCCUAUCAGCACAAAGAUUAUUUCGCCCCAUAGUAAUCCAGAACUGUUCACUUCAGGAGCUGCUACAACAUACCGUCCAGGACUGUUCAGUAGAGCUGCUACAAGAUACCGUUCACUAUCAGAUUCAGUGCCUCCUUCUCGGAAGCAGUUUAACAAUAUGGAAACUGAAAGUGAUGAAGCCACAAUUAUAACAAUCCGCAGAGAGUUAGCACAACUCAUGCUCAAAGCCAACACCAGAAACAAGCCUAGGUCUGUCACAAGAUGAAAGAAUUCCAGGUGAUGCAGAGUUUGUUCCAGGUCAAUAGAGUUGAGUUCAAGUCUGUCUGAAGCAGGGAUAUCUUCCCUUUGCUUAAAUCAGUUGAUUUUGGAACACUUGGCAAAAUUUAAAUCAUACAUAUAUUAUAAAUUCAUAGAAAUGCAGAUCGAUUUUAUUUGAGACA